AAGCGUUGAAGUUUUGAUCUGAUCCAUUACUGGAAAUGGCACAAACGAGUGGAUCCAAGAGAGAUGCUAGUGUGAAAAAAAGCAAUAUUCCUGAUUAUUUCGGAGCAGAUCUUUUUCUAUCGGGACGUUACAUUCAACCUGAGAAUCCUUAUUUUGUGACCAAAAUUAGACGAACAAGGGUUGCCAGUCUGUAUAUACCAAGAGAAAUCAUUAAGGACUUCAAUCUUGAAUUACCUCCAACCGUCACUCUACGUGACAUGAUAGGCAGGGAGUGGAUAGCAAAUGUAAUUGUCUGGGGUGAUGGUCGAACAUGGCUGUCUGGAGGGUGGAGAAACCUGUGCAAUUUGAACCUUGUUGGAAAAGAAGAUAGGUGUAUUUGUGAGUUCCUGCCACUUCAAAUGGAGAAUAAUAUGGUGUUGCAGGUUACAAUUGUCAGAGAGGACGAUGCCAUGCAAAUGAGGAAUUAAUGAGGAAGAAUAUAAUGAAUGAAAAAUG